UCGUCGCCAUUACGGGGCAGCGGCGACACCGCUGAGGCAGAAACAGUCGGGCUGAGGCGGCCCGGGGGGGGGGUUCCCUGGGCGGCGGCAACCCUCCUACCCCUCGCAGCCCCUCGCGCCGGCACCGGGCCAUCCGGGUCUGGCCUCGCGAGGCACCCCCGCUCACACUCCCUCGACCGCUCCGCCGUCCGAGGGGCCCCCUCCGGCCCGGCCGCACCAGGCGGCCCUCAGCUUCUGCUCGGCACUCGAGGCCUGUUCAGCGCGUCGCGUCGCGUCCCUUCCCUCGUCUGGGCGAAGCAGUGAGGAAAAUGUCGCCAUGAAGGGAGCCGAGACGACUGCGCUGCGCCGUCCCCGCCGCCGGGCCAUGAGCCUGGGCCUCGGCCCCGGCCAUUCGCUCUCGCCUUUCCUCCUCCGCCUUCGCAGCGGCGCCCCCGCGGCGCCCGUGGAUGCUCCUGAGUCCCCCCGCAGCAGCCCCGCGAGACGUCGGGAUGGACAAGAGCAACCCCUGCGGCUCCGGCCUCGGCUCCGGCCCCUCCUCUGCGGCAGGGGGCAAAGGGCAGCAGCCGCGCUCUAACUCGGCUGGUCCAGCCGGCGGUGAGUCCAAGUCCAAAGGCGAUGGAAAAAAUGCAAAUGGAUCCAAACAGCGUUAUAAUCGUAAACGAGAAACUUCAUAUCCCAAAAAUGAAAACUUUUCCAGCCAAUCCCGUCGUCCCACUUCACAGAAAAGCAAAGCUUUUAACAAGAUGCCUCCUCAGAGAGGGGGCCAGGGUAAUGGUGGCAAAGCUUUUAGUCCUUCUUCUAAUGGUGGAAGACGAGAUGAGGUAGCAGAGGCUCAACGGGCAGAGUUUAGCCCUGCCCAGUUCUCUGGCCCCAAGAAGAUUAAUCUAAACCACUUGUUGAAUUUUACUUUUGAACCUCGUGUCCAAGCAAGCCACUUUGAUGGGAGCAGCCGUAGCACCUGGGGGAAAAGAAACAGAUGGGAGAACAAACCUUUCAACAAGGAGCUCUUCCUGCAGGCCAACUGCCAGUUUGUGGUGUGUGAUGACCAGGACUACACAGUUCACUUCACUGACCCAGACACUUUGGUCAACUGGGAUUUUGUGGAGCAAGUGCGGAUCUGUAGCCAUGAGGUGCCCUCUUGCCCAAUAUGCUUAUACCCACCCACUGCUGCCAAGAUCACCCGUUGUGGCCACAUCUUUUGCUGGGCCUGCAUCCUGCAUUAUCUCUCUCUGAGUGAGAAGACCUGGAGUAAGUGUCCCAUCUGUUAUGGUGCUGUUCACAAGAAGGACCUCAAAAGUGUUGUUGCUCUAGAAACUCGUCAGUAUGCAAUUGGAGAUACAAUUACAAUGCAGCUGAUGCAACGGGAGAAAGGGGUCUUGAUGGCACUGCCAAAGUCACAGCGUACAAAUGUGGAGCAGCCUGUUCACUUGGGAGAUGAGGAACACGGUCAGUAUUCAAAGUUGCUUUUGGCUUCUAAGGCUCAAGUGCUGCAGCUGGUGGUUUUGGAGGAGAAAGCAGCACUCCUGCGCCAGUAUGAGGAGAAUAAGCACACCCCUGAAGCAUGUUUCAUUGAAGCAGCUAUUCAGGAGUUGAAAGAUAGAGAGAGCAACUUGAUGUCUGACAGAAAUGAAGACAGUGAUGUUGCAGGCACUGCCGUUGCUGUGGCUGAAUUAGUCAUGACAGAGUCAUCUGACAAAGAAGCAGGAGUGUCCCAGGAGAGGAAGCAUGUUCUAGAGUAUCUUUCUGCAUUUGAUGAUGAAGUCCUGAAGUCUCCUGUGGAUUUUUCAAAUGGACAUGCAUGCCCUACUGAGACAGAAGAGGAUGUGGUGACUGAUGCAGAAGAAGCUGGUGUAGAUCUGGCAUGCACAGGUGAAAUGGGAGAAGUUAGUCGGACUGAAUCUGUCUGUGAGAAAUCUAAAACUGCAGUCAGCAGCGGACACACAAGUAGCUCUCCUUUCUACUACUUCUACCAAGCUGAGGAUGGGCAGUGUCUGUAUCUUCACCCUGUGAAUGUACGGUGCCUUGUGCAUGAGUAUGGCAGUCUGGAGAGGAGCCCAGAAAAGAUCACUGCGACUGUGGUGGAGAUAUCUGGCCACUCCAUGACAGAGGAUGUGCGGCAGCGUCAUCGUUACCUGUGUCACUUGCCACUUACAUGUGAGUUCAGCAUCUGUGAAUUGGCUUUGAAGCCUCCAGUCAUUUCGAAGGAAACACUGCUAAUAUUUUCAGAUGAUAUUGAAAAAAGGAAACGUCUGAGACAGAAGAAAGCUCGUGAUGAGCGACGAAGGGAGCGUAGAAUUGAGAUGGAGGAAAAUAAGAAGCAAGGCAAAUAUCCUGAGGUUCAUAUUGCUUUAGAAAAUCUGCAACAGUUCCCUGCCUUCAGUGCUUGUUCAGGAGAAUCUGCUGGUGAGAACCAAAGCUACCUUCUGCUGUCUUCUGUCAAUACAAGUCCUGUUUCUCAGCCAGAAUCCUUGUUGACGCCACUGUUGCCAGCAGGCAGUCUUGGCAGCCCUUCACUGUGUUUUGGGAGCCUGGAGGAGGAAUCUCCCCUACCUUCAUUUGCCCAAAUGUUGAGGGCUGGGAAAGCAAAACCAGAAACAUGGAAUAGUUUUCAACCAAAGAAGAAAGAAGAGAACGCCACCCUGGCACCUCCAGCUCCAGGAGACAGCGAUGGGGAGAGUGAUAACUCGGACCGCGUGCCCGUGCCUAGUUUCCAGAACUCUUUCAGCCAAGCUAUUGAGGCAGCCUUCCUAAAAUUAGACAAACCAUCCACUUCUGACAACCUUCUGGAAGAAAAAAGAGGCAAGAAAAAGAAGCAGAAGCAAAAGUUGCUGUUCAGCACAUCCGUGGUUCAUACAAAGUGAUCCUGCUAAUGAACAGAUUCCUUAUCUUGGUUUCUUUUGUUUGCUUUUGUGUUUUUGCUGCUAUAGAAAAAAGUAUAUUAAGUUUGAAUGGGAAAAAUCUGUUUCUGGGGCUUGGGGGGCGGGAUGGAUAAGGGAUUAAAAAUGAACAUGUGCUCAAUUCACCUGUUGAUACCAAAACAAAUAUUUAAUCACAGACCCUUAGCCAACAUGUUGGUGUUUGCCUCUUUUUGGAAGCAGGUAAAUAAAGAUACCAUGCUGCAGAAUACUCACUGAGUGCUACAUUAAGUAGAACCCCUUGCAAAGAAUGGUUCCUGGUGGUGAAUUUAGCUUCUGUUUCCAGUUGCUCUUGUUUUUUCUCCAAAGGCAAGGACUGCAGGAGGUUAUGUUUUGGAGACGCACCUGGAUCCAGAAGGCAAUUGUGCUCCGCCAGGUAGAAGUAAAUCCUGCCUGGGUCUUGAGUGCAGGGCUGGUCUUGGAAGUUACUGUGCUAAUUAGAUUACUUUGGAGGGAUAUAAGAAACUUUUUUCCUUUGCACAUAACAGCUAGUUUAUAUAAAAAUGCAGGCUGAAAGGACCUGAAUGUAGUGUUUACUUGGUUGUGGGAUUCAAACUUGGGUUGUAUUAUGUGCAUUUCUGCCAUACUUCUCUUCUUACCCUUCUUGCUUUUUUGUUUUUGAGAAGUUGUGUUCAUCUGCACUGCUUGUGGCUUGAUCCUAAUUACUACUAAGGUGUCAGUUCUGUUGAAAACAAUGAACUUCAGUGUACUAUACCAGCAAAGGCAAAUAGUUGCAAUAAAACCAUAUGCACAA